AUGGACCGGGUAUUUUUACGCUUGCUCGUUUUCCUGGGCAUUCAGGUGUGCCUGUUCACUGGCAAAGUCGCAGGCUCCGACGACUGCCCAGGAAACACGAUAGUGAACUAUCAGCCGUUACAGGUAUACUGCGAGGGCAAUACCUACGCAUUGACAGGAGCAUACACCAGCACGGCCUGUUCCAACACGCAGUAUGCAACUGUAGUUGUUCCCGGCUCGAACCUCGUUGCAACCACCUUCACGCUGCCGCCAAGCGGCACUCAGCCCGGCUCGGUUAUUGUGCAGACACCGACGGCGAGUUCCGCCACGACGCAGUCUCCAAACAGCCAAUGCGUACUCCCCAGCCUGAUCUCGGGCUACAGGCUCUUUGGAUGCGCAGUCUCCGCGGCCGGGUUUCCCGGCCUCGUCAAGAUCGGCUCGAGCAGCACCAUGAGCUUGGACGCAUGCGCCAGCUCCUGCCAGAAGAGCGUGUUCGGGGUUUACAUUUCGUAA